ACUCCCCUUGCUGCAAGUAAAACUAACGGUGGCCCCUUGUCUUGUCUGAUUGUGCAUGUUGAAUUCUCUGAGCAACCAGGUUCAGACACAGGUCUGAACCUAACAGAGGCUACACAUGGAUUUAGCGUAUUCAGGGAGGACCGAGGCGUGACGUCCAUCGAUGCCAUCCAUGAACACCCACCCGAUCCUCGGCCUCCUUCCACGUUCAGACCCCGACCUCCGUUGUUGUCCGGGCAGCAGUCCAGGGCCGGUGCCAAACGACAACCAUGCGCAUCCAUGGAGAGGUACGCAUCAGCAGCACCACAGGUAUGCGGCCCAGGGUUAGGCUGGAUUUCUCCAGCCAAGAGGAGGAUUGCCACCAGAAAAAAGAUCUCCUGCCAUCUCUGUAAUAAUCCUGGAUGGAACCCUCUUCUGGACUUGUCUUUGGGGUAAGAAAAAUCCACUCCUAGCUUGAAUGGACCUCUGCGCACUAACUCAGUCCGCAUACAGUCCGUUAAGACUUGGGGCCAGUCUGCUGGAUCAUUUGGUGGAGCAGACUAUUGCUUUAGGGUCUGAGCUAGCUUCUGAUGCUUGCUGUACACACGUACUUAACGGUGGCUGUACUGGACCUGUGCUGCUGCUGGUUGAAGGUGGCUCAUCUGUGCCUGUCUUAUCUGGGUCUGUCCCUCCACUGGCUGACUGACUGGACUCUGUGCUGCUUGUUAGGAACUUAAGCAUAGCACCUGUAAAAUAAAGAUCAGGCUACCAUUAAUUCAGCAAGCAAACAAAAUUCAAUCUUAGUAAAUAUUUAUCCAUUACUUUCCAUUUUGUAUAAGUGCAGUUGUAACUACACUCAGAGCGAUUGAUAUGACACUUCAAUUACAGAAGCUAGCAAGACGCACACGGAGACCGUCCGGGGUUCACCCAGGGCUCACCGCCCUGUUAUGUAGGUCAAACGCGGACUAGCCCCGUCCCUCCCACUCUCCCACCCGGAGGGGAGAGUUACCUGACUGCUGUUGCUGCUGUUCAUUUUUCUUUUUUCUCUUUUCACUCCCCGAGGGAUAACUCCGCUUCAUCUUGCUGAUGCCGUUAAUGCAUAUGCAUCACUGGCAAUUUGACGUGUGCAAGCAGCGCGACGGACGUCACGUCGUCACGUUUGUUUUUGGUUUUUUUCCCACGGGGCCUCUAUGGGCCUUUCUCAAUAUGCGUUCUUGUCUGUACUCGUGUGCUCGUGUUCUUGUGAAACGUCAUCCCUUGCUGCCCAAGAACUGUCUCAAACCCAAAUUCGCUUUCACCAAGAACGGAUAAAGUUCCCGGAUGUAUUCCUGGAAAUGUUCUCGACAUGCCCAUUUUACCAAGGAUGCAUCGGAUGCUAACUUGUGUUAACUCGGCAGCGAAAUCCCAGCAUUAAUUUCGGCAUUCAAGCAAGGAGCGGAAAAUUACUCGACGCCAUUGAACAAUGGUACGUUUUAGGGCCUGCGAUUAAUCUUGAAACCAUAACGCGUUAAAAAAAAAUUACGCAAAUUAAUCAUAUUAUCAAGUUUGACCCAAACUUCCUACCGUAAUUCCAGCGCGCAUGUUUACCUGGCUGAAUUACUGAAAGGUGUCACAAACACAGAUAACAUGAUGACUGAGGAGGCGUUCCCUGGUGACACCAGGCUGGUGUGCUUAACGGUACAUUUAGUUUUUAAAAGCUUCCAGACGGAAGUUUAGAUAAAACCAAAGUUGUGUGCACAUAUUGCAGUGUUGAACUGUCUUUCCACCGAAGCACAGCAAGCCUGAAGUACCAUCCUCGGGCAAAGCACAUCUUUGCUGAUGCUAGCAAAGGUGCUAGCACUGAGACAGCAUCAAGCCGUGUUCGCCAAACUACACUGGCAGAGUGCAGCAAGAACUAAGCUAACCAAUGCUAUCGCUAAAUGGAUCACCGUUGACUGCAGGCCCAUCAACAUCGUUGAAGACCAGGGGCUUCAAGGUAUUAUCCAGAUCGCCACAGAUGACCCAUCAUACAAGCCAUCUGCUAGGGGAACUAUUGUCACAAGAAUUCAUGAAUUGUUUGGCAGCGAAAAGGCAAAGAAAGCGGAGCAGUUGGCACAAGCUACAUUUAUUGCACUGACUGGAGACCACUGGACAUCAGUAAGCAACCAUAACUACCUCGGUGUAACAGCACACCUAAUCGAUGACAAAUGGGAACUGCACUCUUUCGCUUUAGGUGUGGGGAAAACAGAGGAAAGGCAUUUUGCAGAAGCAUGUGCUAGUCAGUUUCUUCAAGUUGCAAAGGAGUGGGAGAUUACAGACAAGGUCACCACUAUAGGAACAGACAGCGCGCGCAAUAUGAUCGUGGCAGCAAGGAGUCUACCAUUCGAGCACAUGCCCUGUGUAGCGCACAUUAUACAGAGGGUAAUCACAGUGUCUCUCCGUGACAGCGCGUUUGACGGUGCUUUAGCCAAGUGCCGUAAAAUAGUCGGACAUUUCAAACACAGUGCUGCAAACACAGCAGAGCUGAAACUUCAGCAAGCCUCUCAUGGGCAAGAAGAGCAGUCACUUAUCCAGGACGUACCCACGUGCUGGAAUUCAACUCUCGAAAUGAUAAAGCGUGGCCAAAACAACAAAGACCCACUGAAGGCAACGCUAGCACAGCAGAAGCACAAAUUAGCCAUGCUAACCUCAGCUGAAUAUGACAGGCUGGCAAAGUUGGAAACACUGCUGGAGCCAUGCAGGUAUGUCACUGAGCUCCUGGGUGGUGACAAAUAUGUGUCCUGCUCUGUAGUGCUGCCUGCACUCUGCCACCUCUUGUACGAUGGAGGUCUCAGAUGUUGACCCUGCCUACAUAGUGCGCUUCAAGACUGCAUUCACAGAGGACCUCAACAGACGAAAGGACAACACAAACCUGUUAUGGCUAAAGGUAGCAACAGCUCUAGAUCCCAGAUUCAAGGACCUCCGGUGACUACCCAGAGCAGAGAGGGAAGAGGUGUGGCAAAAGCUGAGUGAGAUGCUGAAGGACAGAGAACCUGCAUCACAGCCAUCCAGAGAGGGAGUUGAACCAGAGCCACCAAAGAAGAAGAUGGCCCUCCUACUGAUGGGGUCAGAGUCUGAUGAUGAGGCACUGUUCACAGACAAAACUGUAGACAGGUAUAAAGCAGAGCCCAGUGUCGGCAUAGAGGCAUGUCCACUACAGUGGUGGGCGGCACACACAGGUGCUCAUGGUAAGCUGGCCCAUAUUGCACAGAGGUACUUGGCUACACCUGCCUCAACAGUGCCAUGUGAGAGACUGUUUUCUUUGGCAGGCCACAUUGUGCAGAAGAAGAGGUCCGCUCUGUCAUCUGACAAUGUCAACAAGCUGGUCUGCCUGAGCAACUGGUUGAAAGAAAAGUAGACUGUAUGAACAGGUUGAGUCAUGUCACACAAGUUCACGCUGUUUAAAAUAAUCUUAUUCAACUAAGAGUGUGAAAAGGGACUGCUCACUUUGUAUCUUCAAAGACACUAUGGCAUUCAGUUUCUUAAAUAGGCCCACUGUUACUCACUAUAGCAUUCAUUUGGGUGAGAUGUUACUUUGCAAACUCUUUACAGGCAAGUUGUUUACAUUCACUUUGUAGCAGACGUCACUUUGUAACUGUGUUUAUGUGGUUGUCUGCUAAUCCUUCUAGUGUGCAGUUCAUUACGGAUGUUGUGGGCAAUGCCAAGCACUCCCUGACACUUCUUACUCAGCAAAUUAAUAGAUUGUAGUUCAGAAAUUAUCACAACUAAGCUGAGAUCUUAUAAUAAAGUAAAAACUUUGA